UUGUAUAAAACAAAAAAUUCAAAAUUUAUAGAGAAACAAAAAAAUCUUAUAAGCUUAUUUAAUUCAAGUGCUGUCAUAAAUUUAAAAAAUGUUUGGCAUGAAACAGAAAAUUGGAUCAGUGAUGAAUCUUUAUUUCCACACACAAACGGUGUGCCUGGACAAAUUUUGCAUGCAAUACAAAAUACACAGAUAGCACAUGUUGAUAACGCUCCAAAAGGAACACAGCUAAAACUGUUAUUAUUAUUAGAGGGAAAGCAAAAACUUUACUUCAAACCAAAAAGAUAUAACCUAGAUGAUGUCAUAAGGGGCAAUAUAUAUGCAGGUUUUGAUCGACAUAACUCUGAAGUUUUUGCUUAUUAUCUAGCUAUGGUGCUUGACCUCAAAUGGAUUGCUCCCUCUGUCAUAAGAAAGAUUAAUAUUGACACAGAUAUUAUACCAAAGGCAGCAUUGGGACUUAAGAAGACUAUGGUUAAAAACGGUAGGGGAUCAUUAUGUAUUUACGGUAAAUGUUUUUAUUGUAAAAGAAACGAAACUGUAUGCCCUGAUAAGAAUGGUGAAAUUGAAGGCGCUGCUAUAUUGUACCUAGAUAAACAGUUCAAAGUUUAUAGAUCUCCAUGGCGUCGCUCCUAUACUAGUAAGAAAAUGGAAUGGGAAAAAGAUAAUGAUUUUUGUAAGAAAGUGAGUGGAUCUUUAAGUUUAAGAAGAAUUCUUAAUCUCAUAGAUGUGGCUAUUUUCGAUUUUUUAAUACAAAAUGGGGAUAGACAUCGAUAUGAAGUUUAUAAAGACCAAAUAGUUUUACUAGAUAAUGGGAAAGGAUUAGGAAACCCCAUGGUAGACGAAUUAGACAUAUUAGCACCACUCUACCAAUGCUGCAUAAUAUCUUCAUCCACGUGGCACAAUCUAGAAAUGGUCUCUGGUGGAAGUCUCUCGGAAACAAUAAAGCUAUUGUCAGGGUACCAAGGUAAUAAAUUGGCUACAGAAGAACAUUUCAAAGCAGUAGACCGGCGACUUAUGAAAAUUUAUGCUACUGUACGAUAUUGCAUAAGCAAGCACGGAAGUGCGAAGGUGUUUAAGAAUUUAUAA